CUGUAGUAGAACUUCCAAUUUACCAGUCAUCCACGACUAUCAACCUGGAGAGGGAUCAGAGAACACAAAACAUUGUCCAGAUGAUCGAGGAAAUGCUUGUUCAAGUUAAGGGUCUGAAAAAAGGAAUCAUAAUGCAAGAGACUAAAGAGGGACAAGCGGAAAUGUCAGUUUAUUCACUUAUCUGCAAUUAUGAAACAAAAACCGACAGUCAUGUUAUAGAAAAGGGAGAUGUUAAGUCUACAAUUGGAAGUCUUUUAGCUACGGCCAAUAGUCAGAGGACUGCUGCAUCAUGUGUAGUGGACAAAAACGAAAAGGGAAAUGUGAAUUUGUACAAAAGUUGCAUUGAGAAAGGAGAUCUGCACUAUCUGAAAAGUCUUCAUGCUGAGGCAUCAGGAGAUGAAGUUGAUCACAGCCUUUUGGCUGAGGAGCAUAUUGAAAUAGUUCAAGGGGAUGUGAAGGAAGCAAAAAGAAGUCUUUGUCAGCAAAAAGACCAAGUAGAGCGAACCAUUUCUGAUGUUUUGCCAGGGGAUGUAAAGAAUACUAAAAAGGUUUUUUCAUCAGAGUGCUCCAUCAAUGUUGAAAACUGUCUCCCAAAAGAAGAAAUAAUCCCUGGGGACAUCUCAACAGCAAAGCAACAACUUGCAGAAAAGCAACCUGUCACUGUAGAAAAAGAGGACAUUGUGGCUGGUGACAUCAAGGCAACAAUGCAGUCAUUGGAACGUGCAAAGCAACAGAGCAUGCUGGUUGAGCGGGAGCUCAUUAAACCUGGAACUAUCUAUGACAUGGACUUGUCAGCUGAAGUUCCUGAAUUAGAAAAUAGCCAUGCACAAAAAGAGGUCAUUGUAUCCGGAGAUGUAAAAGCAGCAAAAAAGUCCCUGGAAAUGGCCAAGCAGCAGAGCAUGCAGGUGGAACGUGAAGUCGUUGUCCCUGGAAAAAUAUACAACGUGAAUGUCAAAACACAAGAGCAAAGCACGUCAGCAACGACGCAAUCUACAUGUUCGUCUUCCUCCAGAUGUCAGCAAAUCAAGACAAACAUUUCAAAGUAACCUAUGAAGGACAACCAACCAUUACAACACAGAAUCCAUCAACCAACCCUGUAGCAAAUGGAUACUCUAAUUCAUCCAGCCCUGA